AGAGUUGGACUGAGUGAUCAGAAGACAAAAUGAAGACUUGCCUUAUGUUGUUCCUUCUAGCCUGCUUUGUGAAUUAUUCAGAAUCAGCAUUGAGCUGCUUCAGUUGCACUGAUGCUGAUACCAACCUUAACUGUAAUCUUCGUUUGCCUGAGGUGUGUGCUUCAGGCCAAGUGUGUAGAACUUCCACCUCCUCUUUAGGUGGCAGCUAUAAGAUUAGUAAAGGGUGUGCUGACAAAACACAAUGCGAUAUUCAGUCAGUCUUUGGAAGCGUUAACAUAGGUGUGGCGAGCACAUCAGUGAAAUGCUGUGAUUAUUUAUUAUGCAACAUAAACGGUUCCACGACUGCCAGACUGAACCUCCUGCUUCUGGGGGUCUCGGCGCUUGUCCUUUUAGUAGUUGGCAACAUUACAAAAUAGAGCCAGCUACUAUGUGGUCUGCUGUGGUCCAAAACGUAGGCUUUGGAUUCAUUUAUAUGAAGACUUUUUUAUUCUGAACACUUCCUUCACUGUUGAUUUUAUUAAAGGGAAGGUUUGGAGUUAAUUGCAAAAUGUAGGUGAAAUAGAAGAUAUUUUAUAAGAACAUUAUAGAAAUGGUACAGCAAAUCAAUUAAAUUUAUAUUUCUAUUUUACUUUUAACAAAUGUGCAGUACCUGUAUAGUAUUAGAUCUCGCUUUGUCAGAUAAAUGCACUACAAAUAAAACAAAUUUGUUUGUAGAA